UAGUGGUGGAUAAUACUACGAAGAUAGGAAACCGAAGUGCGUUGUACUUUUCUGGCGUCGUGGUCGUUCUUUAUUUGGAAUGGAAACCAAUCAUAGUUGACUCAUAGAUACCCCGCUGACACACUCAGUGACGAUCGGUGCGCAUCGCAUUCAAACUACAUAUAUUAUUGCUUCUAAUAGAAAUUGUUUUUUUUAUAAGCAACAAAUCACAGACUUUAUUCAUUCAUCAACUAAAAUGGCAGUAACAACUCAACUAGUUAUUCCUCAUGUAACACUUGGAACUCAAGGCUUUCAGGUUUCAAAAUUGGGAUUCGGUUGUUUGGGACUCAGUGGUGCCUACAACGAUCCUCUUCCUGAACAAGAUGGAAUUUCUGUUAUUCACUAUGCAUUCACUCAAGGUAUCACUUUUUUUGAUACUGCUGAUAUUUAUGGAGUCGAUGGUUCUAAUGAAAUCUUGGUUGGAAAGGCUUUAAAGCAACUACCUAGAGAAAAGAUACAGAUUGCCACAAAAUUUGGUGUAGCCAGAAGAGAUGCUUCUGGUAUGAGCAUCAAGGGUUCACCCGAGUAUGUGCGCUCAUGUUGUGAGGCUAGCUUGAAACGUCUUGGUGUUGAAUACAUUGAUCUCUAUUAUCAGCAUAGAGUCGAUAAAUCUGUGCCUAUAGAGGAUACAGUAGGUGAACUUAAGAAACUGGUGGAAGAGGGAAAAGUGAAGUAUAUUGGCCUAUCUGAAGCUAGCCCGGAUACAAUAAGGAGAGCACACGCCGUUCAUCCAAUCACAGCUGUACAAAUAGAGUGGUCUCUCUGGACUCGUGACAUUGAGGACGAGAUAGUUCCUCUAUGUAGAGAGCUUGGUAUUGGAAUCGUACCCUAUAGUCCUCUUGGUCGUGGUUUUUUCGGUGGAAAAGGAAUUCUAGGAACCGUGCCUGCUGUUAGCAAUCUGACUUUUCAUCCCCGCUUCCAAGCUGAGAACUUGGAGAAGAACAAAAAGAUAUAUGAUAGGAUUGAAAGUCUUGGGAAGAAGCAUGGGUGCUCUCCGGCUCAGUUAGCAUUAGCAUGGGUACUCCAACAAGGCCAAGAUGUUGUGCCUAUUCCUGGAACAACUAAGAUUAAGAAUCUGGAUCAAAACCUUGGUGCCUUAUCGGUGAAGCUAUCGGAAGAGGAGGUGAGAGAAGUUUCUGCAGCAGUUCCUGUGGAUGAUGUAGCAGGAAAUAGAUACUUCAAUGGAUUGGAUCACUAUUCUUGGAAGUUUGCUAACACACCUCCAAAAGUUUAAAGGGUCUCAACCUCAAGUAUAAGUCCCUUUUAGUUGGAGAAUGCACUGAGUCAUGAAUUAUGCGCAACAAACAUUUACCUAUAUGUAUUUGACUCAAUUAUGACUUUCUUGGUGAACAAGUCAAGAUUGGGUGUUUACAUUUGUUCUGCUGUUUUGAUUCAAUAAAUAAAUAAAAAUAAUCAACCCCUUCAAGUUGAGUA